AUGGCUCCAGUGCAGUCAACGCCUCAGACGCCAGGUUUGGGUAACCGCCAUUUGCUGGAUAAAAUCGAUCGACUUCGUGAGCUUGGAAUCUCUAAACAGGUUCCUCUUCCACAGCUCGUUGUCGUUGGAGACCAGUCAUCUGGCAAGUCAAGCGUCCUGGAGAGCUUGACAGGAUAUUACUUCCCCCGUUCGGUUGGACUUUGCACUCGACACGCCACGGAGAUCGUGUGCAGACGUGAGCAAGAGACUAGCAUAGUAGUCACGGUCCAUCCCGUCGAUGCCACUCCGGAAAGGGAGGAACGCGCAAAGUCGUUCAAACAAGUGCUGAAGGACUUGAAAGGAGAAGAAUUUGCCAAUGUUCUUAAGAAGGCUUCUGAGGUGAUGGGAUUGCAGUCAGCUGCCAACACAUCCUCUGGUGCUGCCUUCAGCAAGGACAUCCUUCGUGUGGAGAUUUGUGGCCCUGAAGAAGAGCACUUGACCAUCAUUGAUGUUCCCGGAAUAUUCGAGAACCCUCAAGAAGGUGUCACAACCGCUCAGGACGUGGCUUUGGUCAAGGCCAUGGUGAAGGAGUACAUCAAAGAUUCCAGAACAAUAAUUCUUGCUGUCAUUCCCUGCAAUGUUGAUGUCGCAACCCAGACGAUCUUAACCUAUGCCGCUGAGGCUGAUCCAGAUGGAAAGCGGACCUUGGGCGUCCUCACAAAGCCAGACCUGGUUAGUGAGAACGCUACUAAGAUGGCCGUCAUGGAUCUUGUCCGCGGAAAGAGACGUGAUAUUCAACUUGGAUAUUACGUGGUCAAGAAUCGAAGUGCGGAUGAUACAUCUUCCAACAAGGAAGAGCGAGACUUGCAGGAGGAGGAAUUCUUCGGCAAAGACCCAUGGUCAAAGCUCGAUAAGUCACGUCUGGGAAUUUCUGCUCUACGCAAACGCCUGCGUGAGCUACUCAUGGAUCGCACCAAGAGCGAGUUUCCCAAGGUGAAGCGCGACAUCAUUGCAAAAAUUCAUGAAGCGAAGGGUCGGCUUCAAGCAUUGGGAGAGCCUCGCAGCAACGCAGAUGAACAGAGAGCCUUCCUUGGCAAAAUCGUCAGUCGAUACUGUGAGCUCAAGAAAUUCGGGCUCGAUGCCUACUACACUGCCGAUCCUGUGUUUGAACACAAUCCCAAGCUUAAGCUGGUGACUCGAAUUCGCGAGAUGAACACUGCUUUUUCUCUGAUGUUCUUCGAGAAAGGCCAUCUCCGCAGCUUUGAGGCUUUGAAUGCUGGCAAUCGAGGAACACAGGGGGGCUCAAGCGAAUCCGACAAAUCCGACGAAGUCGACGAAGACGAGGCGGUGGAUGACUCUGCCUGGGACGAGCUUUACCCACUUUCGUUUAUUAUGCCUCUAGAUCAACUCGACGAUGUAGAAGAGGUUCUGUCCGAACCUGCCGACUGCUCCGAGCCCGAGGUCGGCACAAUCAUGGAACACCUCGAGAAGCUAUUUGUUACUUCUCGUGGUUAUGAUCUGGGCACUUUUGGAAGCCACAUGUUACCCAUGGCUUUCAAAGAACAGUCCAGUAAGUGGGAGUCCAUCGCGUUAGCACAUGUCAGCAGUGCCAUUCUCGUUGUGCACCAUUUCAUACACGGGGUAGUUCGAGAGGCAUGCGGCGAUGAACAAGUCCGCGAUUUGCUUUGGUCAUCUAUGCUCGAGGACCUCACCAAGCGAUAUGAAGCGGCCAUGAAACAUGCCAGGUUCCUGAUCCACGUUGAGCGCGACGGUCGCUCGAUCACUUACAACCCUGCUUUCGACCGGGCUUUCAGCCUCGUUAAGAGCAGUAGAUUUGCGGACCAGCACAAGUCUUCCAAGGUGAGGAUCCGGUAUAAUGAAACUCUUGUCGACGUCGUUCGAUGGGAUGAUCUGAACCGGCCGAAGACCGAUGCUCAGGGGCUCAAAGAGACCUGCUGUGCUAUCCACGAUCUUCUCAAGAGCUACUAUGACAUUUCAAGUGCACGCUUCAUCGAUAUGGUCUGCACGCAAGUCGUCGACCAUUUCCUUGUUGGCGGCGAGGACAGCCCCCUGGGAGUUCUCUCUCCCAACCGGCUCUUUGGUAUGUCGGAGGAGGAACUGGAAAUGAUAGCUGGAGAGGAUUCGAUCAGCAAGAGCACCCGCGAAAUGUUGAUCGCCAACAUCCUGAUGCUCGAGGCAGGCAAGAAGAUUCUUUGA